AUGUACAUCACAUAUUCCAUAUUUUUAUAUUUCCUUGUUUGUGACUCGAUACCUUCCAUACUCGCUCAAGCUGUAUCGCAAAUCAGCUCCUCCUUAUUGCCAGAUUCUAUUGUAUCUGUGCUUAACCUUACAGAGGGUACCACCUCAUUACCAUCUGCGGAGAUUACAACUCAAACUGGCGUUGCAUCUUCUCCUUUUAUUUUUGCUAUCCCCACAGAGCUAUCGGAACCCAUCAAUAUAACGGGAACGCCUGAUCCAGGAUUAAGUUCCUCGGAUUUGUCUCAGGCUCUGCCCUCUGAGUCAAAUCCCCGCGCUACCAGUACCACGAUCGAAUGGAUUACCGCUUCAUUACCACCUAGCACUACCACUACCACCAUUACAUUCCCUUUGGGCGGAUCUGAAACUACUCUAUCUGGAUCUGGGACCUCGGCUUCUGCUUCUACUUCAUCAUCCACCAACACGGUUACUUCUGAAGUCUUUCUAAAUACUUCGCAAUCCACGCCUUUGGUCUCUCCAUCAAUCUUAAUCGGUACUAGCACUUCUGUGCUCUCAGUUGCUCUAUCUACAUCUAACUCUACAGUACUAACUUCAUCUGAAACUGGAAUCUCUGUUAUACCGAUGGUAUCGCCAUUGUCUUCUGCUGAACUAAGUAGUAUUGUACCUCCCACCUCUUCCAGUACUGUAUCUAGUGUCAUUGAGUCUCUAGCUUCUGCAACUGCUAUCUUCACAACAGAAUCUAGCGUCACAACUCUACUCAUAUCUGAAAGUUUUACGGGGUUUUUUAGCACAACACCUUUACCCGAAUCAACAACCUUCUCCACAAUUGUAGCAACUCUUUCUACCGUUCCAAUUAACCCCUCAAUUUCAAGCUCAUCUGUCGUUCCUUCAGUCCGUCCAUCAGAUCCGAGCAGUUUCGUGCCUAUUACAACCGUUCCUUCACCUUCGCCAUCAGGAAAUAGUGGAAAUGGUUCAUUCCCGAGCGCUUCAAAGUCAAACAGUUCUCCCCCAAGUGCCUCGGGGUCAGGAAAUGGUUCAUCUCCAUCAGACUCUAUAGCAAUUGUUACACCGCAGAGCUCUACAAUAGAAUCUAAUACGACAAUAUUGUAUCAAUCUGAGACCCCGACAGUAGCUACUGAUACUGGAUCUUCCGCAAAACCUAGUGACGUGCCUAGCACCAUCGAACCUGCAGCAUCAUCCACUGUCAUCUCGCUUGGUACAAACCAUAGUGGCAUCGAAUCCACCAGCAGUGCAGAAUUUUUAGUCUCAUCCAGCGCAAUUGUUAGUUCAGGGACUUUGUCUAAAUUUGACAUCUCUACAACAAAUUGUAGCGCAAGUCAGGUCAACACGACACCAGAUUCUGGAGUUAGCCACAUUCCUUACACAUCAACGGUUGAAAUGAUCAAUCCAACGUUAGACAUUGCUACUACUACUACUACUACUUCUACUUCUACUUUGCCUGGUUUAGAACCGUCAUCAUCAACACUCGAUGAGACUUCCAGUAGUGAAAUUGAACCGCUUAUCAGUACAACGAGUGUAUCGAAUCUAGGUUUCUUUAUCGAGUCACACACUACUAUAUUGAUCGUUUCCUCAUCAGCAUUUUUAACUAAUCCGGCUCCAGCAUCUUCAACUAGUGUGGAAUCGAGUGUCCAGUCUCUCUCCGUAUCUUCUGUUCCGGUUAUUGUCAGCUUUCUUCCAGGAGAUAUGGCUGAAUCAAGAACAACAACAUACCUGAGUUCAAUUUAUACGCUUAUUCAAGUCUAUACCAGAUCGCUUACAUCCAGUGUGGUAGAGUCAAGUAGCAGUCCUAUUCUCCCGAAUUAG